CAUGAUCGCCGUCUCUAUCCCCGCGGCGGAGCCCCAGGCAGCGGCGGGCAGCCCCGACAAGGCGCACACGGUGUUCCGGGUGGAGGUGCUGUGCAAUGGCCGGCGGCACACGGUGGCGAAGCGCUACAGCGAGUUCCAGGCGCUGCACAAGCGGAUCAAGAAGACCUGCAAGGUCCCCGACUUCCCCCCCCGCCGUGUCCCCAACUGGAUGCCCAAAGUGCUGGAGCAGCGCCGGCAGGGCCUGGAGCUUUACAUCCAGGGUGUUCUGUACCACAACGAGGAGCUGCCCCAGGACGUCUUGGACUUCUUGAAGGUGCGGCGCGGCCAGCAGGACCCCAAAGCCGGCAGCCCCCCCACCGGCCCCCCGCCCUCCCAGCGCCCCGUCAUCGGCUUCAGCACCGACCCCUACAUGCGGCCACCGGGCACCGACCUGCUCCCCAACACUGUUCUCAGGGGCGUGUUGCUGGGCCUCUACAUCCCCUUGAGCUGCACCCCGAGCCAGGCAGCGCCCCGAGCCCCCGGCCCCUGCACCCCCACCCAGCACCCAGGGCCGCAGUGGUGGGCGGUCGGGCAGCAGAAAGGAGUGUGGCAGUAAAAAUACCUCCUCCCCGCUGGGAUGGGGCAGGAGACGCCAAGGGGGUACAGCGGGAGCCAGAGCCGCUCCCUCACCGCCAUCCCAAGUGCCUUCGUUGGGAGGGCAGGAGCUCUGCCUGCUGCCCUGAAGUUUCGGGGUCGCAGUAAGAGCCUUGGGACCCUGAACCUCCUCCUCCGGGCUUCGGUGCAAUAAAUCACUUGGGCUGGAUUGGCAAAA